GUCCGCAGCUCGGGCCUCAUCGGCCAGUCAGCCUGUCUGGGGAAUUUUCCUGCAAGUGAGUGCUCCUCUGUUGGCAACCGGCAGUCUGCCGCCGAAUUCCGCUUCCCUAGACUUGCAUGCCAACCAACGGCUGCACGGCGGAUCAUCUGUCUGUUGCCCUUUCUGGUCGGAUCUGGGACUCUGGGCCUUCGAUUGCCAGUGCCGUCAUUCAUUGCAUCGCAUAGCGCCCUGGUCCCUGCACCUGCCACGAUGCGCCGACUGAGCAUUUAUGGUUCGUUUGAUCACCUAGCAUUGCUCGCAAGCAUGCCACGCUACUCGCUCUCGUUCUGGCUCCCUCCCAGAUUCUGGAUUGUGCGGUACCGCGAAUGCCUUCGAAGCCACCUGGAACCUUCGGCGGCAUGGAUGCGCCGUUGUCUUUCGAGGGCAGUCCGGCAACCGCCGCUCUCCUCUUUGGUUCUAGGUUGUCCUAAGUUUUGGUCGCAAGAGUCUCUCCUGAGGUUUCCGACCUUCUCAAGAGACUCAUUUAUCCGGGCCGUGGCCGCAAGUGUGGCAGCCAAGGUCCCAAACUCCCGUCCGAUGCUUCCUCUCUCUGCGAUGUCUAUUGAGCAAAGAUAGCUGAGGUGUAGGUGCUCGAGUGCCGGUCCGCUGUUGGCCGCCGAUAGCCUCUUGCCCAGACCCGACGACGCUGAGCUAAGUCGCUGAGAUGGCCCUGUUUCGGCGGCGCCUU